AUGCAGCAGAGUAACGAAAAGAUUGCCUGUCCGACACUAUUAAUGCAUCUACCUCUGGUCAUUAUGUUUCUCCUGGUCUUCACAGGGCUUACUAGCUCAGCUUUCAUAGAGUAUUUCGUUGGUGUUGCCAUGGCACUUGAUCCACUCUUUGGACCUGUUGUCACCAUAUUAUUCGUGAAGGAUUAUCGAAAGAAAGUUCUCACUACACUGCACAUUGCCAAGAAAUCACAUGCUUCUAUACUGCCCGCAGUUACCACUAUCAGGAGUCCAUCUACUCAAAAGUAA